CCGGCAGGUCUGGUCCCGCGGACCGAGCUCCUGGCUCGGGCAGAGCCCAGCUGUGGGGCAGCCAUGAGCCUGGUGGCUUGUGAAUGCCUGCCUGGCCCAGGCCUGGAACCUGAGCCCUGCUCACGAGCACGAUCCCAGGCCGCUGUGUACCUGGAGCAGAUUCGCAACCGGGUAGCUAUAGGAACACCUGACAUGACGAAGCGUGACUACCUGGUGGACGCGGCCACGCAGAUCCGGCUGGCCCUGGAGCGCGAUGUCAGUGAAGACUACGAAGCAGCCUUCAACCACUACCAGAAUGGUGUGGACGUACUGCUUCGAGGCAUGCAUGUUGACCCCAACAAGGAGAGAUGUGAGGCAGUAAAGCUGAAAAUUACCAAAUACCUGCAGCGGGCAGAGGAGAUCUUCAACUGCCACUUGCAACGGACGCUAGGCAGCGGAGUCAGCCCUGACACGGGAUUCAGUAGCUUGAGGCUUCGGCCCAUCCGCACACUGAGCUCUGCCCUGGAACAGCUGAGGGGCUGCAGGGUGGUUGGGGUCAUCGAAAAGGUGCAGCUGGUCCAGGACCCAGCAACCAGAGGGACUUUCGUGGUGAAGAGCCUGCCCAGGUGCCAUACGGUGAGCCGAGAGCGGCAGACCAUUAUCCCACACGGGGUUCCCUACAUGACAAAGCUUCUUCGGUACUUUGUGAGUGAGGAUUCCAUCUUCUUGCAUCUGGAGCAUGUGCAAGGAGGCACUCUCUGGUCCCACCUGCUCUCCCAAGCACGCCCUCAAUAUCCUGGGCUCAGCUCUGGCUCCACCCAGAAGUCGAAGACCCAGUGCAACACCCACCUCAGCGUCCUGACUCCUGCGUGGCACCCCAUGGGCUACACUGUGCGGACUUCUCAGAGCCUUCUCCCAUCCCUCACACCUCAGAGUGAGGCUGAUAGUGAACCUGCAGCCAGGACCAGUACUUCCUGUUCCUUGGACCUCAUAAAGGCCCCAAGUGUCCAUCUUCAAGCCAGGAGAGCUGGCCAGAGCUCAGACCCUGGGCCUCCUCAGAGGCUCUCUUGGGUUCGUGAGGGGGCCAGCCGGGUGCUGGGGGGCUGUGGCCGACACAGAGCUCAGAGCCCCCCAUCAGACAGGGCCAGCUGGGGAUGUGGUGGAGCUGUAUGGAGUGUGAAGGAGGAGCAGGUGAAGCAGUGGGCAGCUGAGAUGCUGGUGGCACUGGAGGCAUUACAUGAGCAGGGGGUGCUGUGCCGGGACCUCAAUCCCCGGAACCUGCUCCUGGACCAGGCAGGUCAUAUCCGGCUCACAUAUUUUGGCCAGUGGUCAGAAGUGGAGCCCCAGUACAGCAGGGAGGCUGCAGACCACCUUUACAGUGCCCCAGAAGUGGGGGGGAUUUCUGAGCUGACUGAAGCUUGUGACUGGUGGAGUUUUGGGUCAUUACUGUAUGAGCUGCUGACAGGAACGGCAUUGUCCCAGAACCACCCUUCAGGGUUCCAAGCCCACACCCAGCUUCAGCUGCCGGAGUGGCUCAGUCACCCAGCAGCCUGUCUACUGACUGAGCUGCUGCAGUUCAAUCCUGAGCGGCGCCUGGGUGUUGGAGGGGGCGGCACCAGCAAACUCAAGUCCCACCCCUUUUUCAGUACUAUCCAGUGGAGCGACUGGCAGGGUAAGAGGGGUGGGCAAAGUGGGCAUGGAAGCAGCUGGCCUGUGCUGGAUGUCCUGUCUCUGCCUGUCACCCAGGGCUGGCCCCUCUCAUCAAUGGGCUUCAGGAGAAGAAUGUAGAACAGCUGGCUUUCCUGGUCGGGUCUCAGAAGCAAUGACUUCCACUGUCCUUGGAGAAGCUGCCCACUGGAGAGGAGAGGGGUGGCAAGGCCCACCUUACUAAACAGUUGAACACCCUUCCAUUGAUAGUCAAUAGACACCUGUUGAGGGCAUUCCUUGUACCCCUAACACAGGUUAAAGGGUACCUUCUGAAAUACUGACCACCUGCUGAGCCGACAGUGUGUGUAGUGACAGUCAUGCUGUGCCCCACUUGGGACAUCUCUGGAGAUUCAUCUCAGGAUACUUAUCACUGGCUCUGUGGACAUAAGUCAGAGCUGUCCUGGCUAUCUGUCUUAAGUAACACAACCAGUGGGCUACUUUCAC